AUGGAUAUUGAUGUGAGUAAAGAAAAUAUACAGCCUGUAAGAGGUGGUAGAAAUUUCGUGCAAUUGGGAACAGCAUUGCAAGCUCAGUCAGAUGUAGAUGCUCAAAGGCAACUGCAAUUGCAAAAAGAGGAACAUGAAUCAGCCAUCAGACAUUAUCAAGGUACAGAUCCAUUGGAUCCUUGGUUUAAUUACAUACAAUGGGUGGAACAGUCUUAUCCCAAGCAUGGUCAUGAAGGCAAUAUAGACAAACUAAUAAAAGAUUGCUUGCAGUUGUUUGAAAAAGAUGAAAGAUAUUUUCAAGAUAGGAGGCUUGUAAAAUUAUGGAUAAAAUAUGUGGACUGUCUUUCAAAUCCACUUGAAAUUUAUCAAAGAUUGUAUAAUACUGGUAUUGGAGUAGAAUGCUCAGAAUUCUAUCGUGCUUGGGCUUGCUACUGUGAAGAAUCUGGUGAUUAUAAGAAAGCAAAUCAGGUUUAUAUGCUUGGCUUGCAGGCUAAAGCACAACCUUUAGAUGAACUAGAACAAGCUCAUAUGAACUUUCAAUUAUUUUUUGCUCAGAGAAUGUUACAUGAUGAUUCACCAACAAAGAGAAAAGCUGCUUCUGCUUUAGCUGAAACUAGAAUGGCUCUAACAUCUCUUAAGUCAUUUAAAAGGAGGAACAUAGCUAACGUACCAGUUCAAAGAGUUGGAGAGAAUCUUAAGAGCACUAUGCCAGGAGUUGUGCGACAACAAGCAAUAGAUAAUAGGCUACCAAAUUCUAAUGUCAUGGUUAAUGUUUAUGAGGAUGCUCCAUCUACAUCAAGAGGUACAGUCCCAAUCGCUGAAGACCUUGGACCAGUUUCAUUAGUACAGGCUUGUAGCAACGUUGAGAAUGAGAAAGAAGCUGGAAUGUGGACUAAUCCUAAAACUAAGAUGGUUCACACUAAUGUCGUACCACAUCAGCCGCUGCCUUUUACUCCUUAUGAAGAUGUGGAUGAUGAUAUAAAACUUUCUGCUAACCAUAUGCCUUAUUGUUUGGAUGAUUUAACACUUAAUGUGCCUCUAUGUGUACCUGAUCCUGUAGAUCCAACUAAAAUACCUUGUUAUAAUAAGGCCCAGGUUUAUGUAAAUGAUAAAGAAUACAGCUUAGAAGAAAUAAGAGCGAGAAAAUAUAGUGUACAAAGAGAAAAUAAAACUGAACAUAUUGAUCAAAUGAAAGAGAAUUAUAAAAAUAUAAAUGAGACUCUAGCACAAUGCAGUGCUUUGGAGACAUUGGCGAACUGCGCCCUAGAUACUGAACAAGACCAUAUGGCACAACUUAUGCCGUUAAAUAUGCCCACUUUACAAAAUAUAACUAAAGUGACAAAUAUGCAUUCGCCCGGUGAACCUAAAGUGCUAACUAAUCUUGACUCAAAAGAGGUCAGUGAAUUAGCAACAAAAAAAUGUGACGAGAGUGACAGACAAAAUAUUAGGGUAGAUAAAGAAAAUCAAGUUAUACAGUCACCGAAUCCUAAUAACAAUGGGAGGAAUGAAUAUGGUAGAAACAAUUUGAUGGAAGAAUUUAAUCGGAGUCUGAUGAGCAACUUGUUGGGUGAUUCAGUUACAGUAAACACUAAGGAGGCGAGAUGGGAGCUUAGGAAUAUUUUUAAUGAUAACGCAGAGCCAUCCAUGGUUCAACCAGUCGUCCAGCAAUAUGAUGUGCCCAAAUUUGAUAUACAUGAAGAUAGAUCAAUGACGAUGGCUAUCAAUUGUAAGAAGAAUUAUGAGAUAGCUGAAGUAAGGAAUUUUCCUGAAGAUAAAGAAAAUGCAAGUAAAUUCAACACGCAACCACCAGUGGCCACACAGCAGAUAAAUAAAACCGCAUAUUACGAAGAGCCUUCCUGCACUCAGGUGUUUAACUUCAAUAUAAAAGAUGCAAGUACUCCAAAUAUGUCACAGUUUAAGAAACCAAAUUCAAUAGAUCAAUCAAAUAAAUUUUCCGUGCCUAAAUUUGCAAUAGACGAAAGUGUUAUAGAACAAUCUGAUCAAGUGAGCAAUAAGAGGGAUGAAUGCUCCAGACAAACAGACCAACAUACUGUAAACAAUCAAGGUGAUGGCCUUUCCGUUAUAAUGGAAGCCACAAGAGAAUAUAACAGUAAAUCAGGAUCUACUAGCUCUUCUGGACAAUCAACAAGAACUAAUUUCACAGGUUACACAACUAACUAUGACUCCAUGUACAAUAACCAUGACCCAAACCAACCAAACACUGCCUCCAAGAGAAACUCCAUAUCAGCGCAAGCGAGGUUGCCCAAUGGUCAAUUUGCUAGAACAUAUCAACAAAAACGGGAAUCAGAAAACAAAGUGGCGAUGCCCUCCUCAGUGCCUUAUCAGUCUCAUGACCACCAAUACCAAAAACCUGUAUCGACUAACUAUAGUGGAUACUCCCCUCAAAGAUCUAUGCACCUUUAUCAACAGAACUACAACUAUCAACAAGGUUAUCCAAAUAACCAUAUGAUAAGUCAACAACCCCAAGGCUAUGGCAGUCCAAACCCCAACCCUUAUCACAGCCCCCAACAUAGUGUACAAGCCAGCCACGAAAUCAACCCAUCUGUCUCACCAGGCUUUCAAAGUCCCACCUACUCGAACCAGAUGGUCUACCACCAAUCUCCUAUCACCAGUCCCGGGCAUGCAAUGGUUAGUCCCCAACCAAAUUAUGGCAGGCAAGAGUUCCAUUAUAAUCAAACAGAUAGACAAGUGUACGCCAAUCAACACCAAUCUACCGCCAUUUUCCAAAGCCCUCCACAUCAAACUCAGUACCAAAACUCCAUGUACUACCAGAGAACCAAUCAAGUGCCUGCCCAAAACUCACAGUACAACCAACAAAACUAUCACAAUAUACAGAAUCAGUACAGUAGUCCUAAUAUGUAUCCAAAUGCAAAUCAAAACACGAGUAGUUCAAACUACAACGUACACAGUCCCUAUCGACAACCUCCCAAAGUAGAAAAUAAUCAAAAUCAAGCAUAUGGAAAUCAACAAAACGUAUCAAGCAAUCAUGAGUUUCAAAUUUAUCAAAGUCCUCAACCUAAUAAUAAUUUCCGUAAUAAUUCGAUGCAUGACCCUAAUAUGGCACAGAACGCUUACGCCGAUGCCUCGGUUAGACAAGACGCUGACACCUCAAUGAAAUGUCAAGAACGAGUCGAGGCCGAUAAAAAUAUAACGAAUACUUCAAACCAACAAAAACAACAACACAAAAGCCCUAACAGUUCAGUAUUAAGAAAUGUGAGACACGACCAACCCAACGUGAAAGUCGGACAGAAGUCUCCAGAUAUAGGAUUUUCUAAUCAAUUCCUCAACUUUAUAUCUAAUAGAAACGAACCCAAAGAUAACGCUAACACACCGAAGUUUACUAACAGCCCAAGCAUUUCCCAAAAAAUGCAUAAAAACUUAUACGUAUCGAGCCCAGAGCAGGCUCAAGUCCCGCCAUCUUCUGGACUUUCCGAUACCGAUAGUAAAGACGGUAUGACGGCGCAAACCGCUACACCUAUUCAAUCUGCCAAAAUAUCCCAUUCUAUCGAAAAGCAUAAAGAUAUAUCCAAAAGACAGUUAGAUUUCGAGCACAGAGUUGAGAUACAAUCUGAGGAUAGCAGGGACUCUGUGAGUAAAGACAGCAGAAUCUCGUCUAUAUACACGCGGCAGUCUGAUUUUCAAUCCGACGGCUACGGGAUGGACGUCGAUAGUGAGAACUCAAUGGAGUGCGCGACAUUUAAAUCGUCGCAUUCCAUAUCUUUAGUGGAAACCAGUGACAUACCGAGACCCGCUGAUAUUGAUUUUCCGAAAGUAAUAGAUCCUUUCAAUAAGAAGAUGCUAACUAACUUAUUAGAAUAUGUAAAGUUCCCGAAUAAAACGCACGCGGAUGGUUAUAUAGAAGUGAGGUCUAUUCCAAAGCUACAAGUGGCUACAGUUACGAGAGUAGGUAGCUCCAAGUUCUCAAUAGAAAAGCAGUUGGGCAAAGGCAAUUACGGAGCAGUAUUUUUAUGUUUAGACCUUCGCAGUAACAAGUCGGUCGCUGUUAAAUAUCAAAAGCCGAGUCGUCCAUGGGAGUUUUAUAUAUGUCAAGAGAUAAAAGCUCGGAUUAAAGAUCCUUUCAUGCUUCCAGGGUACAUGGAUAUAACGACAGCCUUCCUCGGGGAUAAUGCAAGUUUAUUUGUAUCGGAAUAUUCCCGAUACGGAUCAUUGUUGGACGUUGCUAAUAAAGUUAGAAUUGCCACAUCUAAGUGUAUAAAUGAAUGUAUUGUUAUUCUGUUGACAUCUGAAAUGCUUUCGAUAGUACACUAUCUACAUAAAGCGCAAAUUAUUCACGCAGAUCUUAAGCCGGAUAAUUUCUUGCUAAUGAAAAUACCAACGCAAGAAUGGCGAACCCCAUCUUUACAAUUGAUUGAUUUAGGAUGUGCAAUAGAUAUGUCGUUAUUCCCAGAAGGAACUACUUUUAGAGAAUUGAUUGCCACUGAAGGAUUUACUUGUACGGAAAUGAGGGAAGGCAAACCUUGGACGUACCAAACAGAUUUGUACUGCCUUGCUGGUACAAUAUAUGUUAUUCUCAUGGGAAAUUACAUGAAAGUGGUUAAUCGCUUAGGUCAUUGGAAUAUAGACAAGAAAUUGCCUAGGUACAUGAAAAAUACUUUAUGGGAUAAAAUAUUCACAACCCUUUUAAAUGUGCCUGAUUGCAACAAUCUGCCGGACCUCAUGGAUCUCAAGAAUGAUGUGGACAGAGUCCUCAAUGACAUCAGUCUCAGCCUCAGCUCUCAGCUCCGUAAUUUCGCUAAUGUGCUUAAAUUUAAG